AUGGCGGGCUCUAAUCCACGAUCUACCAACGCAUGCGAAACAUGUCGAAGACGCAAAGUAAAAUGUUCCGGUGAUAAGCCUUGUCGCGCUUGUAUCAAACACAAUUGGGAAUGCACUUUUGGUCAUUCCGGUCGCAGACGGUUUUCUGAAGCUCAAGUGAAACAUCUCUUGGAAAAAGUCCGAACCUAUGAAGAGCAGCUCGGCUCUCAGUCUGUAGGGGGUCCAGUCUCUUCAUUGCCUUCUCCAGUAGCACCAGAUGAGACUCCAGGCCGUCAAUCUGCGCAACGAAGUUCUUCAAAACCAGGGAAUAAAGAGCCCCUCAAUCAGAGGCAAGAUGAGCUAUUACAUCUCGAAAACGAUCCUGCUAUAAGUCCGGCAACGGACCUGACCUCCGGGCCUGCAUUCGAGUCUCAAGUCAGAUCGCUUCUUGACAGGUCGCAUUCUACUGACCGCAGUUUUCAUGGAUCUACUUCAAAUUUUCAAUAUCGGGCCGACCGGUUACCUCAAUGGACGUCGGUAAAAGAGCUCGUUGACAACGUUGCUGGAGUAUCUUUCCCGUCUUUGGAGGAAUCACAGCACUUGCUUGAUCAGUUCCUCUUUUAUCUUGGCGUCAGCCAGCACUUUUUUGACCCACGAUCUUUCUCAGACGAUCUUAUGUUGCUAUUCCAAAGCCCAGAGACAAGGCAACAACAGAUAAACUCUCCUUGGUUUACAGAAUAUCUUUUGGUCAUGGCCAUGGCAAAGCUCAUGGAUGUAAAACAUCCGACAUCACAAACGCCUGGAACUGACUUGUUCGCUGAAGCCUUGAAUCGUCUUCCUCCGUUGCAUCAUAUGGGUGGGGAAGGUGUUGUCGCUGUCGAGACACUGACACUGAUUGCUACAUAUCUGCAGUGGUGUGACCGUAAACAUGAUGCAUAUCUCUAUAUUGGACUCGCACUGCGCCUUGCUAUUGCUCUUGGGUGCAACCUACGGGAAAUCGACCAACGCUGCCUCCCUUCCCAGAGUGCCCACAGAUUAAGACUAUGGUGGACAGUGUACAUGCUCGACAGGCGCCUCUCUUCGGGCCUUGGACUAGCUGCAGGGGCCGAUGAACGACAGCUACGCACUGAACUCCCGCGGAACGCGAUGGGGUUCCAGUCACCAAUUGCCCUUGCCAUCAAUGUUCGUAUCGCGCGUGUCACUGAUGAUAUAAUGUCGAGUCUGUAUGGCAAUAAGUCAAUCACUCAGCUGGAAUUGGUCCAAAAGAUCCAGCAAAUUCUUCAAGAAUUGCAUGAUACCGGCCGAUCAUUCCCUAAAUCUUUAAUGUUGAACUUCAAUCGACCUUUGCAAUCAGUAACUCGCACAGGUGCAUCAUUAUACCUAAUGCUUUUUCAGGCUAUCAUCCUAUGCACACGGCCAAUAUUGCUUCAAAGAGCUCGGUUUGAAGCUCAGAGCCAACAACAGUCACAGUCACCUGAUCCAGCACCGAGUAUGCUGCUGCGUCUCUGUGAUACAUGUGACGAGGCAGCUACCAGAAGUCUCGCAAUACUUGAAUCACUUCGUCGCCAGCAAACCAUCCCCCGGUAUGGCUUUUUUGAUCUGGACGCAACAUUCUCCGCUGCAUUCGUUUUAGUAAUGGUAGGCUUCUUGGACAAAUCACAGAGCCAACCACCGUCAGCGCUUGAUCAAGCAUCCAAAGUGCUCCGGUUUCUAUCACUGUCUGGCAAUCUGGCUGCCGAGCGACGCCUGCAGGAUAUUGCACAAUCUUAUUCGCACGUUUGGCCGAAUCAUGUCUUUAAUGGAAAUGCCUCGCACAGCGAUGCAACCUCCCGAGACAAGACCCAGACAUUUGCAGAAAGUCCAGGCUCGAGACAAGAUGCUUUGUUAACUUCCUCGGAUCCUCCACCAUAUAUGUCUAUGGGCUCAAGUGGUCGGGGUGAUCAUCAAGAUGAGAUCAGAUUACUUGAGCCAUGGUCUAAUAUGGAUGUUCCAGACGCAAUGUUUGAUAUGCAGGGAGACUGGAAUCUAGAUCUUUCCGGGGAGGCAGAAGGAAUUUAUUCCAGUUUCCACAAUCCGACAUUGCCACUGACCGGGGUUGACUACAUCGACUGGUUGGAGAUUGAGAAAGUAUUUAACGGUCCAUAG